AUGGCAGAAAAUACUAGAUCCAAGCAUCAACAAUAUGAGGAGUUACAACAACAGCUACUGGAAAUGAGACAACAGAACAAGCAAACCCAGAAAACAAUGAAGAACUUCCAGAAUAAUUUCGACACACUCAAUGACAUGAUGCGCACAAUCGUUCAGCAACAUCAACAACAACAUCAAAACCAAAAUCAACAUCAGCAAAACAAUCAGUACCAACACCAGGAACAGCGCCAGCUACAGUAUGAAGACCAAGAACCACACGAACCAAGAAGAGGCAACUUCAGAGGCAUGCGCUUAGACUUUCCACAUUUUCAAGGAGACCAGCCAGCUUCAUGGAUUUUCGAAGCACACCAGUACUUUGAAUUUCAUCAGACUCCCUUGCCACAUCGCAUGCUCAUGGCAUCCUACCACAUGGAAGGGGAGGCUCUUGUGUGGUACCAAGAGUCUUUCGAAAGAGGCCAUUUCCAUGACUAG